AUGAGCGCCUCCUCUCCGUUCCGUGCUGCAGCUUUGGCCGCCCUGGCCGUCGUCUCUGCCGACAACUACGUCUCGGUCUGCCGUGACGCGACUUACAGCGUCGCGACCUCCAACGGCGUCAUUUGCUCCGGUGCGGGUGACGCCCCCGCCGGCACGAUCUGCCCCAAAGCUGGGGACAUGGCUGCUGGCGACUGCCACCCGUACUUGCCCUCGUACGACGGCUCUCAGUGCACGGCCAAGGAGGACGCCGUGUGCGCCAUCGUGACCGGCAGCACGUGGGGCUGCGUCUUCCCGUCCGUGGGCUGCCACGACAGUGCCAUGACGCCGGGGGCUCAGCCGCCGAUGCCGGACGCCAACAUGUCCAUGAACCCUCAGAUGCCGGACGCGAACACGAUGCCGGGGACUCCUGAGACUGCGUCUGGGAUGAUGCCCUCGGUCACGUACGACCCAACUGCUGGUGGAAGCCAGGGCAUGCCGUCUGGCAUGACUCCUGUAGUCCCGGAGGGUGGUGUGUCGUCCGACAAGCCAAUGCCUUCUGGUGAAGGUGGAGAGGCUGGUGGCCCUCCGACGCCAAUGACGGUCCCACAAGCGACCCCCACGGGGACGAUUCCGGAGACCACGACGGUGAACCCGGAGACCACGGGGAUGAACUCGGAGACUACGGAGUCGAAGCCAGAGACCACGAUGUCGAACCCGGAGACCACGGAGAUGAAGCCGAUGGAGAUGACGACGACGCCGCCAUCUGUUCCCAUGGGGACGCCAGCUGAUCCCAUGACGACUUCGGAGACUACCCCUACGACGUCAGCUGGUGCGCCUGAGGUGGAAGAGAAGACGACGGCCAUGGAUCCGAUGCUGACGGCUACUCCUCAGUAG